AUGCCGAACGACGCGACGCUCGACUCCGUGCACGACGCCCUGAGGGCGUACUGGGGCUACGAGACCCUCCGCCCGAUGCAGGAGAGCGCCAUCCGCGCGUCGCUCGACGGGCGGGAUUCGCUCGUUGUCCUCCCGACCGGCGGCGGCAAAUCGCUCUGCUACCAGCUCCCGGCGCUCAUGCGCGACGGCUACGACGUCGUCGUCAGCCCGCUCAUCUCUCUCAUGAAGGAUCAGGUCGAUGGCCUUAUCGCCUCGGGCGUUCCCGCGGUCGCCGUGCACUCCGGGAUGUCCCCCGAGGAACAGGACGCGGCCCUGCACGCCGUGGAAUCGGGCGACGUCCGGCUGCUCUUCUCGGCGCCGGAGCGGUUGCUCACUUCGAAGAUGCGUUCGCUCCUGGCACGCACGAAGCCGAACGCGAUCGUCAUCGACGAGGCGCACUGCAUCAGCCACUGGGGGCACGACUUCCGCCCCGAGUACCGCCGGCUGACCGAUCUCAAGUCCGUCGUGCCGGACGCCGCGUGGCACGCCUUCACCGCGACGGCCACGGCUCAGGUGCGCGAUGACAUCGCGCAGCAGCUCGGCCUGCGCGACGCGGUCACGCUGGUCGGCGACUGCGACCGGCCGAACCUGAUCUACCGCGUCCUCCCGCGUGUCGACGCGCGAGGCCAGCUCCUCGAAGCCGUCAAUCGACACGAGCACGAGGCGGUCAUCGUCUACUGCCUCAGCCGCAACGACACAGAGAAAACCGCCGGCUGGCUCAAGGCACGUGGCGUCGAGGCCGCGGCCUACCACGCGGGCCUGUCGCCGAACGUCCGACAGCGCGUGCAGGACCGUUUCAUGCAGGAGCGGCUCCAGGUCGUGUGCGCGACGGUCGCCUUCGGCAUGGGCGUGGACCGGAGUAAUGUCCGUUGCGUCGUGCAUAUGGCGAUGCCCAAGUCCAUCGAGCAUUAUCAACAGGAAGCCGGCCGCGCCGGACGCGACAGCCUGGAGGCCGAGUGCCUGCUGCUCUACUCCUCGGCCGACGUGCUCUCGUGGCGCCGGCUGAUGACCCGCAGCGCACAGGAAGCGGGUGAAGAGUCGAUGCCCGAGCACCAGAGCGAGCUGCUCGAGCGCAUGCGCCGGUUCUGCUCCUCGAUGCGCUGCCGCCAUGCGCAGCUCGCGGAGUACUUCGACCAGACGCUCGAUCAGGAGCGAUGCGGGGCGUGCGACGUCUGCCUGGGCGAGUCCGUCGCCGUCGAGGACGCUCCUGUGAUCGCGCAGAAGAUCCUCUCCGCGGUGGCACGCCUGAACAGCUCGUUCGGCGCGGCCCACGUCAUCGACGUCUUAAAAGGAUCGCGCAAGGAGAAGCUCACCCGAUACGGGCACGACCGGCUGAGCGUGUACGGCCUGAUGAAGGGCGAAGCAGUGCCCGUGCUGCAUUCCUAUAUAGACCAGCUCUGCGACCUCGGAGCGCUGGAGCGGACCCCCGGGGACCGGCCGGUGCUCCGGCUGACGGGGGAAUCCUCGCGUUUCCUCAAGGGAGAGCCCGAGACCGUCCUGCGCCGCCCGAACGUCGCCGAGACGAGGUCGGGCCGGGAGCGAUCCCGCCACGCGGAGGCGGACUGGGAGGGCGUCGAUCGUGAGCUGUUCGAGAAGCUCCGCGAACUCCGCGCGGAGAUCGCCCAGGAACGGGAGGUCCCCGCGUACGUCGUCUUCGGAGACGCCACCCUUCGGGAGAUGGCGAGGCGCAAGCCCGCCACUCUGGGCGAGAUGCUCGAGGUCAAAGGGAUUGGCAACGCGAAACUCCAGCAGUUCGGCGAGAUCUUCCUCGAACGCAUCAUUCGGGAUCGAUAA